AUGCUAAGGAUCUUUAUUUUAAUCGCUCAUGCUGUUUUAGUUCUUUCAGCUUGCCCAAAUGAUAGUUUAACUGCUGGUGGAAGACUUAGCUGCAAUAAGCCAAAAUACAUGACUGACAACCUUAUAUGCACAGAGGAGUGUCCAACUCGCUUUUCAGAUGAAAAUACUUGUCCUAGCUGCUAUAAAUAUUGCGCUGGGCCUGAUCCUUCAAAUACAAUUUUAUUCACUUUAGAAUUUUCUGGUUUUCAAGAUUUUACGUUUGACAAAAUACAGGAUCCCAGCGGCACAGAAUUUUUAAACCCAGGAGGAAUCCCAUUUAAUGAUCAAUCACAAAAUUCCCCUUUACCUACCUUAGACCGUGGGUUUUAUUUUGCCCCUACAUCUGGGAUGUCCAGCAACACAAGUUUUAUCCCAGGUCUUUAUUUUAUUUUAAAUUAUGAAUAA